AUGCCUCGAUUUGAGCGACUCGUGCGCUUUCGGGACUCCCAGGGGCAGAUUCAGCAGGGUGAAGCUUCCAAAAUAUCGUGGGAUUCGGAGCUGGUUGGGAAAGUAGUACCAAUCUACAAAGGCACCAACCCUUGGGAUGACGACUUCCAUCUGACCGAACAGACUGCAACAAUAUCUGAGGUCUUGUCUCCUUUGGCAUCCGUGCCUAUGAUUGAUGGCAUUGGGCUCAACUAUCGAGAGCAUGCGAAGGAAGGAAAUAUGCCCAUUCCUCCAUAUCCUGUUGUUUUUGUGAAGUAUCCUGACGCGCUUGCGGGACCCUUCGAGGAUAUCCCAAUCCACAAAGACGCCACCCUACUCGACUACGAGGGAGAGCUCUGUGUUGUGAUUGAGAGGGAUGUAAAAGACCUUUCCCCUGAUGAUGACCCAAUCGAGUACGUUCUGGGUUAUACAGCUGGCAACGACGUGUCCUCUCGCUUUUGGCAGGGACAGAACCAAGGCGGUGGACAACACGGCUACGCAAAGUCUUUUGAUAAGUUCGCACCCUUAGGACCUGUCCUUGUCUCACGGCAUGUCAUCAAAGACCCUGGAAGUAUGCACCUCAAGACCUGGGUGAACGGUGAUCUAAGACAAAAUGGGAGGACAGACGAUUUGAUCUUUGAUGUGCCAACUAUUAUCAGGCACUUGUCUCGUGGGAUGACCCUUCGGAAGGGUACAGUCAUCAUGACGGGAACCCCCAGCGGUGUAGGCAUUGUCCGAAACCCUCCGGCCCCGCUUCAAGACGGCGAUAUCGUUGAGGUUGAGAUCUCUGAGAUUGGGCGAAUAAGGAACAAAAUGGUGUUUAUUAAAUAG